AUGAGUACCUACUGCACUGCUGUUUUAGUUGCUAAGUCAUGUCCAACUCUUUGCAAUCUCAUGGACUGUAGCCCACCAGGCUCCUCUGUCCAUGGGAUUUCCCAGGCAGCAAUACUAGAGUGGGUUGCCAUUUCCUUCUCCAGUGUCAGGAAGCCUUUAACAAGAGGCUUCCUGUGUGCUGUUUUGGAUCUGUUAGGAACCCUCUGGCCCUUACUGAUUCCUGAAUAUUCAGGAAUUAAGAGGAGAGGCACGCCUUUCCCGGGGCUGAGGAAUCCAGGCAUUUCUCAUUACAGUGAUAAGUACCCUCUUCCUUUUUAUGAGCUAAAUGGUAAAAGGUGA